UCAGUAUCCAUCAUGCUUCCACCGCCACCGAUUCGCAUUCUAGCUCGGGUGCACGUCAGCAACUCGCUGGACGUCGGUCCGUCCGGCGCUGGAGCGGCGUCUUCCUCGUCCUCUUCCUCCUCUUCUUCAUCGUCAUCAUCAUCAUUGUCGUCAAGAGACGCCCUGGAGACAGGCACCGUGCUCGCAUUGACGCCAUCGCUGCAGGACCUGCUUGCCCAGCUCAACGCUGCACUGACGCCCUCUGCUCAGACCGCAGCGACAGCGACCGCCUCACCUGGCACUGCGUCUGCGUCUGCGUCUGGGCCAUCUGUCACGUCAGGCGCUCUUCAGUCCAGCAUGGCUGUGCUGCAGCGUGCUCUGCAACCGAGCAUUGCGCAGUACGAGGCCGCCCUGUCCAACCAGCAGUGCCCGCUCGCCUUUGACUCGGCGCUGGUGCUGCUCCAGGCCCACCGCGGGACAAACGCCGUCCGACAGGUACUGCGCUUGCCAACGCGUUCCAUCAUUAACAUUACGGUCAGUGACGACCGACAGCGAUUGACAGUGCACUCGCUCGAGCAGGUCGGCGGGGUGCUCGCAUCCAUCGGGCUGAAGGCGAAGGCGUGCAAAGUUGUUCGGCAUUCGUUUGAUCUGCUGGGAGCAGAGGCGUCCGGCAUGUCGUCGUCGUCGUCGUCGUCGCACGCCAACGAGCUGCUAUCCUCACCCGUAUCUCUGACAGACUUUGUGGAAGCCAUUCGACGACGAGCGGGGCUGGAUAGCACCACACGUCGCAUCGCAGUCUUCCUCAACCCGGUGUCGGGCAACGGCUUGAGCGAAAUUGUGUUUCAGCACCAGAUUGCACCAGCAAUCUCUGCGGCAGGGCAUCUAUACCAGGUCUUUGCGUCUGCCUGUGCGGGUGACACUGUUCGACUUGCACGAGAGCUGCAUCUGGAAUCAUUCAAUGCAGUGCUUUGUCUCGGAGGCGAUGGCGUCGUGAACGAGGUGCUGGCAGGGCUUUUGCAAAAGCCAGACGGCGCAAUUACGGCUGCCUGUCACAUCCCGAUUGCCAUGUGCCCGCUUGGGUCGCAGAACGCGCUGUGUGGCGCAAACGCCAUUCGAGAUGUGUUUACAGCAAUUCUCGUGAUGAUUAAGGGAGAGGUUAUCCCGCUCGACUUGUGCUCACUGACACCGCUGCCCGAAACAGUUGUGGUUGAUCCAACCACUCCGCACGCGCUCUCGAGCGCUGGAGACCACCUUUCGUCCCGCCAACAAGCGGAAGGAUCAACUCAGUUCUGCAUGAGCGUUCAGUAUGGCUUAAUGUCCGACAUUGUCGGCGAAUCUGUCGACCUUCGCUGGAUGGGUCCCGCGCGCUACACGUACGCAGCCAUCAAGAAGAUUGCACGCAUUCCAAGGCGUGCCUAUCCUUGUAGCGUUUCGUUUACACCCAUCCCGAUUGCCAACACGCGUUGCGACCGAACCACGGGCCGAUCCUGCGCGGUCUGUGUUGGCGGCGCGCUUGGGUCUUCUGCCCACCGGCCCACCACGACCACCACGGUGGCGGCAUCAUCCGGGCUUGGCGCCACCACGCACGCAUCCGUCUCCUCGGCAGCCCUGGGCUACAGCGCGAGCAUCCCACCAGCAACAGGAUUCGGUUCCGGCCACAUGUCCCUUGCCCUUGGUCCGUCAUCGUCAACGCCGUCCGCCCAUCUCCACUCUCCUAUGCUUGGCGGUAAUCUACCCCCGGUGCAACAUCGCCGUGGCGACACCACCUGCGUGAUUGUUGGGGCAUACCCCGCCAAGGCCACCAACAUGCCUAAGCAGUCGUGUCUCUUUCCGUACGCGCACAUGUCCGACGGCCUACUCGAUGUCAUGAUUGUUCAACAUGGCUCGCUCUUGCAGCUUGGCCAGUUCUUUGCCCGCGUGUCGUACGACGGACAGUCGCACAGUCACCUCCCAACGGUCGAGCAUUUCAAGUGCCAGCAGCUAGUCGUGACGCGCCCAGAUCGAUCCAUCACCAUGGCGGCUGACGGCGAAGUGUACAACCCUCAGGCUCUGUCUGUGCUGGUGCGAGUCCAUCCUUCCAUUGUCCGAAUUCUCAGUCCCUCGCCCGCCAUGGCCGAGCCCAACUUGCACGAGCGCAGGCUGAUGCGUCAGCUGCUGGCCGACGUCAACCGAGCAUACGCACAGCUCGCAGCCUCUGGAAACACUCGCGUCGAAGCGAUUCACAUUGAAAUGCACGACUUUGACGAUUUCGACGACUCUGAGGAUACCAUGGCUCUUCUCUCGCCUUCCUCUUCGUCGCUCGCCAUGUCACGCUCGCGAUUUUGCACGUGUUUUGGUAAAUCUGGUCGCCUCUUGGAGAAGGGUAUUGUUCGCGGAGCUCGUCGGGCAUUCGUCGCCGCUCGUCAAUUCUUCACCCUGGCCUGGCUGGACAAGUUGCAGCGAAAGGAUCGUGUGCCGUCCCGUGGUAUUCACAAUGUCUGAGCCAGCGGCAGAGCGAAACUUGGACUCGUGCACAACAAACGUUGGCAUUGUAUUUAUACAAUUUAGUAGUAUAAAG